AUGUACUGUAAGUGUUACAUUAAGACAGGCAAGAGGAUCCCCGUGUACAGAGACCCUGCUGAGGGGUACGGAUUUGCAUCACCAUUCGAAUUCGACUCUUUGCUCAGUUUAGUUUUGUACUAUGCCACCAACACGAUGGAGAAACACAACCCUGAACUAGAGACAAUGCUUAGAUACCCUGCAUUCCAUGUGGACAGGGGCCGAGUGUACUUAUCUCUGGGAUUAACCAACUUCACCACUAACAACACUGAGAUCCUCAUCACUAACAUUGGAGAUAAUGUUCGGGGUAGUCUUCCCUCUCUCAUCUGUCACACUGACCUUGUGGCAUGUUGUACACCCAAUGAGACAAUGGCAAGAGGAAUUGGACUUUGGCGCUAUCCAAAUGGAGAUCGUGUUCCUGGUGCAUCAGGACCUAAGUCAGCAUAUCGACCCUUUGUGUCAUUGAGAAAUUUUCAAUCCAUUAAACUGGAUCGGCAUAUAGACAGUGUUUUCUUCUCUCUUCCCCAUCCCCUGAGUCCAACUGGUUCCUACUGCUGUAUUAUACCAACUAAUGGUGGAGAAAUGACCUUCUGUGCCAACUUAAUUGUGUGCCCAUCUCUCCCUGCCCUGAACAAUGUAAUGGUCUCAUACAAUGACUCAACACUGGGUCUGAACACUGUGGCCACCUACACAUGUGACACUGGCUACACUCUCAGUGGAGGCAGCACCAGGACUUGUGGGAGUGAUGGAGUGUGGAGUGGGUCACCUCCAGUGUGUCAACAGAUACUGACUUGUUCCGACCUCACUCUCAUCCCCAAUGGAAACAUUUUUUACAGUACUGGAUCUCUUGACAACAGACCUCUCUUCUCUGGAGCUACCUACAGCUGCACUCCUGGCUACACUCUCACUGGAGGGGACACCACCAGGAUCUGUGUGAGUGGAGGAAGGUGGAAUGGGUCACCUCCAACUUGUCUAGCCAUUGUUUGUCCUCCUCUACUAGCCAUUACCAAUGGCACGCUCUCUUACUCUCCCGAUGUCACCCCUGACUAUGACCUGGGAACUAAGACAAUCUACACUUGUGAGGCUGGGUUCUAUCUAGUUGAGGGUAAUGAGGUACGAGUGUGUAUGGAUGAUGAUGGAAUGGACACCAUUGGAGUGUGGAGUGGCCAGAAGCCAAGCUGUGUCCGCAUUCAGUGUCCUCCCCUUGAGCCAAUUCCCAAUGGAUUCAUCACCUACGCUCCUGACACCACACCUGACUAUGAUCUGGGCACUGUGGCUACUUAUAACUGUAACCAUGGGUUUGUUAUGGACCUCUCCCUAGGGGGAUCUGAGAUGAGAACCUGUGUGGAUGAUUAUGGACUGGAUGUUAUUGGAGCAUUUGAUAGACAGGCACCAAGUUGUGUCUCCAUUGCUUGUCCUCCUCUACCGGCCAUUACCAAUGGCAUGAUCUCCUACUCUCCUGAUGUCACCCCUGACUAUGACCUGAGUACUGAGGCAACCUACACUUGUGAGGCUGGGUUCUAUCUUGAGAGUAAUGAGGUACGAGUGUGUAUGGAUGAUGAUAGAAUGGAUGCCAUUGGAGUGUGGAGUGGUCAGGAGCCAAGCUGUGUCCCCAUCACUUGUCCCCGUCUCCCUGAUCAUAACCACACUUCAAUAACCUACUCUACUGACACCACACCACCUUUCCUGAUCAAAACACAAGCAAUGUACACCAUUAGCUGCCCUGAGGGCAUGGAAAGGGACGGAGGAGAUGAUGUAUAA